AUGCAUUCCACACAUCCUAUGUGGCGUAUUGUCUUCGAGCACGUUGACGAGGCUCGAGCACUUGUCAACAGGCAGUGUUCUCAUUUAGAAUCGUGGCAGAUUAUGUCGUACACGUUAGCUGCUUGUUUUCUGGUUAUGUGGUUUCGACGGAUGAAUCGUUCGGAUAAGCCAUUCAUCCACAGACUGAGAAGCUCUGUGUACUCAAUUAUUCGGUCUCUUCCUUGGGUAAAAAGAAGAGUGAAAGCUGAUCUUGAAAGGGCUCGUAAAGAAAUUGAAGAGGAAGUCCAUCAGUAUGACCAGAAGCGCGAAUUUUACAAGUUUUUACCUGAGCAUCCACUCGGAGGCGAAGAGCUACUCUCGGAAGCUCGUCAGUACGCUUCAAUGGGUGAGCGACGUUAUAUGGAGCAUUACGACCCUCGUACGAGGAAUCAAGACCUCUCGUUGUGCGCAAAGAUUUACGAUCUCUUCUCUCAUUCUGACCCACAUCGCUCGGAUGCGUUUCCCGGAGCGAGAAAAAUGGAAGCCGAAAUUUUGAGGAUGGCGUUGUCAAUGUUCCAUGGCGGUGCUGAGGCGGGUGGUGUAGUAGCAGGAGGUGGAACAGAAGCAACAUUGCUAGCUUGCCUCGCUUAUCGCAAUCGAGCUUGGGCAAGAGGUAUGUAUCGCCCAGAAAUAGUUGCGCCUUCUACUGCCCAUCCGGCACUGGACAAGGCAGCAGCACUUUUUAGAAUGACAAUCAGGCGUGUACCAGUGAGGGAAGAUGACCGAGUUCACGCAGCUGCUGUUAAAAGAGCGAUCGGUCCGCACACUUGCAUGAUUGUCGCCUCAGCUCCGAAUCACAUCACAGGGACCGUAGAUCCAAUUGAGAAACUUUCUGAGGUGGCACAACGAUUUGGUGUACCACUACAUGUGGAUUGCACCCUUGGUGGCUUUCUACUUCCCUUCAUGGAGUACUGCGACUAUUCCAUCCCCACUUUUGACUUUCGUCUACCUGGAGUCACUUCCAUUGCAAUCGAUUUGCACCGCUACGGUCAAGCUCCGCGAUCGUGUUCGGUUCUAAUGUACCGUGACCAGUCAAUGAUGCGUCAUCAGUGCUUCUGUAACAGUGACUGGGCUGGCGGUGUCUAUGCGACUCCCACGAUAGCUGGCGGUCGAGAUGGAGGUGCUGUUGCAACGGCAUGGGCAACACUUUUGGGCAAGGGUCGAGAUGGGUACAUAAAUGCCUGCCAUCGAGUAGUCGAAACCACACGCCGCCUUGCGGAUCUACUUUCCGAUAUUGAUGGAAUUACAUUAAGAGGAGCUGCUGAUUUAUGUAUCGUGGCAUUUGAAACCACCCUUGGGGAUAUCUAUGUUCUUGUUGAUUUCAUGACUACUAAGGGUUGGCAUGUGGAUCCUCUUUUGUCUCCGGAGGCAGCAAGAGUCCCAGUUACGUUGAGGAUGUGUGAAGAAGGUGUACUAGAGGCUUUCGUAGAAGAUGUCUAUGAAGGCCUCCGUUAUCUCAGUGAGAAUCCUACGAAGACCACAAAGACAUCAGCUUUUUACCACAUGUUGCAAACGGUGGCUGACAGGAUGCUUGUAGACGAACUCUCACUGAUUCGUUUGCAAGCGCAUUACAGCGUUCCACCUCCUUUGGAUCGAGACCAUCGAGCAGUGCGCUCCCUAAGUGUAGAUGGUCGUAAAAUCAGCAUGUUGACGUCGACGGAGGUUAUGAAACCCUCAUCUGAGAAGGCAUAA